GUCAAUUGGAUGGCGGUCGCGUUCUUCUUCGAGUUUGUGAUUGGUUUCUGCAAACUGGAGUAUUUUCUCCAGGGUAUCAUGUUGCAAUGCCAUCUUCCCAGCGCGCGUUCAGAUCCCGUCUCCGUUCAUACCUGGGCACUCUCCGUGCUACGGAAGCUUCCGAAGAGGGAGCAAGAUCCACGUGACUAGUUUCUUCGGCUUAGCUCAGCAACAUUAGUCUCAUUUCGGGCGAAAGACAUCCUCAUCAGGCUUAGUGCGGCUCGCUCCCCCACAAGUUUAGCCUUUUGCGGCUCUGGACCUUCCUCCAACCUCAUCUCCUCUUGUUCGUCGCCUCCUCGCGAUUUUCUCUCUUCUCAACUCUCAUCGGCAGCAGCAUCGCGUCCUGCAAGUAGUCAUCGUUCUUCAUCGUAAGAGAUAUUUGCCCAUCUCCCAUUUACUUCUUGUGCCCGUUCCCCUUCCCCCCUUUCCCCUUCUCUCCCUGUCCUGUCUUCCACUGAAAAAAAAGAAAAAAAACUCUUGCGCCUAUUUGUUUCGCGUAAUAUUGGGGUCUGAUCUGGGACAAGGAGGCCAAGAAAGAGAUAUUUCCCAAACGAAAAGAAAAAGGAAGAAGAAAGAAAAGAGGUCCAACAACUUGCGUGUAUCCUCCUGUUUGAGCCUGUUACUUUGUCCAUCAAACUUCCAAAAUCCUUCCCUGGCUGAAGGUACCUUCUCUACCACCACUUACCACCAUAUCACAACCCCUCCGUCUCCCCUGUGGAUCAAAUUCUUAUCCCAGCAUCUCCCAAAAUUUCUCCUGGAGCCUUUCGCUCAAUACUGCUGAAACCAAAUCCAACCUUCUCACCUCAAUACAACAUCUAUCUCCAUUUCUACGUCGACUCCAUUUGCCUCUCCGCACCGUUUCCACCAUCUACUGCUACCACUAUCCUCAUUCUUUGACUCUCAGCCUAUCUCCAAGCACCACCUCCUCUCCAGCCGACCCACCAGCACCAGCAAGUUUUCCUUGGGAAAUCCCUGGUGUACAUAGCCGAUUCAGAAACAAAAGAAAACAAUUUAAAAGAAAAGAUAUUCAGAUCCUACUUCGAUCCUUGUUUUCCCAGUGUAGGUGAAGCAGCAGAAAAAGAAAAGAUAUCCAGACCCAGAGCAAGAAAAUCCCCGACGAACACCGUAUUUUAGCUCAGCAACCCCGAUACGAAUACAAAUAUGUCCGCCUCUCCGACUUCCGCCGUGGCGUCAACGAAACGUCCCCUAGAGGACCCCUCAUCUCCAUCAGGACCCACCGAUCAACCCGACGCCAAACGUCCCGCCCUGGAUAAGGUAGUAAAGGGCGGAGAAGAGGAAGAAUCUAAGGUAGUUCGAGAAGGUGACAGCUCUGCGACGGAGACCGCCAAGUCCGAUACUGCCACUCAACCCGCAGCUGCUGCCACCGGAGAAAAUGGCGUAAAGGACGAGCAAGGUGAUUUAGUUGUUCCCGAUGCUCUUCAUGCCAAUGGCAAGAACGCAUCUGCUGCUCAGAUACUGGAGACCCAGCCCAUUCAGUCCACAGCUUCUCAAAAUGACCGUUCAUCAUCGCAACCUCCUUCCCAGCAGGCCACUCAAGAUGAGAGUGGAUGGAUCCAUAUCCGAGCCGUGAUCUCUAGUGCUGAGGCGGCAACCUGUAUUGGCAAAGGAGGUGAAAAUGUUUCACAGAUUCGUCGUCUAUCUGGUGCCAAGUGCACUGUUAGCGACUACUCUCGUGGUGCAGUGGAAAGAAUUUUAACCGUCAGUGGCAUGCAGGAUGCAGUUGCUAAGGCUUUUGGUUUGAUUAUUCGUACUCUUAACAAUGAACCCCUGGAGGCCCCAUCCACAGCUCAGUCAAAGACAUAUCCUCUCCGCCUGCUCAUUCCCCAUCUACUUAUCGGCUCUAUCAUUGGAAAGUCUGGAGUACGCAUUCGCGAAAUCCAAGAGGCUUCUGGUGCUCGUCUCAAUGCUUCCGAUUCAUGCCUUCCUCUUUCCACAGAACGAACCCUUGUUAUCCUGGGUGUUGCUGACGCAGUUCACAUUGCAACUUAUUACGUUGCAGUGACUUUGGUAGAACAACUGACUGAAAGAUUUGGCGGACCUGCAGCUUCCGCUUAUGCCACCCGCAGUGGUGGUCCCGCUGGUGUCGUCCCUGGAGGUAUGCAGGUAGUUCCGUACAUCCCCCAACCAGCCGGCGGACAAUACGGGCAUCCAGAUACUUUCAAGAGACAUCAACCUCAAGCAAAUCGGGCUGUAUCCACCGGUGGGUACGGCGUACCGUACGUCCACGGCCAGCCGGGCCAGCCUCAAAUGCCACACCAAGCACUUCAUUACGGUUCUUCCUCCCGUCCCGGCUACACUGGAGCUGGUCCUCAUCAACCAGCACCUUACGGCGCUCCCCAGCCCACCCAAGUCCACGGUGCACCAACUGCUCAACCUGCUGGAGGAGUUGUCCCAGGAGCACCAGUGACACAGCAGAUCUUUAUUCCCAACGAUAUGGUGGGUGCUAUCAUUGGCAAAGGAGGCGCCAAGAUCAACGAAAUACGCCACCUCAGCGGCAGUGUUAUCAAGAUCAACGAGCCUCAGGACAACAGCAACGAGCGCCUCGUUACUAUCACGGGUACACCCGAGUGCAACCAAAUGGCUCUCUAUAUGCUUUAUUCCAGACUUGAGAGUGAGAAGCACAGAAUUUAGAACACUUACGGAGCUAUCUUCCCAGCUUUAUGUUUUCAUCUUUAUUUUCAUGUUGUUUCAUGUUGGUUCCCUCGCCUCUGGGAGUUGAUUGAAAAGUAGUUUUCCACAAAUUUGUUACCUUUCUUAUUCUACUCGCUCUCUGUAGCUCCCGUUGCAUGCCACGGCUUUUAGUGUCGUGUGAUUUGUUUUGUUCUAUUUUCCCCUUCUUAUAUUUCCUUUUGUCCCAUUAUUUUUCAAACUGACUGAUUUAUUUUUUCACCAUCCCAUUGAUUAAAUCUAUAGGCUGUUCUUCCCUUUUCUUCGUUAUUUCUUCCGGUGUAUUUUUACCCCGAACAAAUAUUAAUGGCAAAUCUCACUACUAACUCGAUUACCACAAAAAAUCGUUAAUUGGUUUAAACCCCUUAUCUCACAGCUGCGAGUUCAUGGAGAGAAGCUUGCCCUGGCACAUGUCUAGGAGGUUGGAACAGUGAUUGUACGAUCCGAUUAAACCAAGAGAACUACUGGACAGACGGAUAUAUACAAAUAUAUAUCUGUAUCAGAUCUCUUAGUUCGCCAGUGCAUGCGACAUGACGCCGAGGUAGCUCUGUACAGCUACGCAUUCUCCUUCCAAAAUUCCAAAAAGAAAUAACUUUGUCGCAUCCAAAAUUUUCAAAAUCCGUUUUUGAGGGAGAAAAAAAAAAAAAAAAAAAAAUUACAUCGCCUGACAUGGCACCCCCUAUGUACCUCUCCACUUAUCGCAGAACAUAAUUUCUUUUGACUCUCUCCAUUUCCUCUCAUCCAUCAUCGAGAUGUACAGUUUCCACAAAAUCACACAUGCUCAUUUCCCACGCUCCUUCCUUCCCCUUCCCCUUCCCCUUUCCCACCCCACCUUUCCUCUCCCCGAGUCCGAGGACUCCCAUCCUCCUCGCCAAACCUAACAUACCUCAUCUCCAACACCUUAAUCCCAGGCAACAUCUUGGCUCUGACGGGCGCGAAGGCCUUCUCAAAGUCAUCCGUCCCCAUCGCCGCCUCAUGCUCCUGUAUGCUCUCCCAGCCAAUCACCAGGAUAGUCAGCUCCGCCUCCCCGGAGGGGCUAUCGGCAUGCUCCACCGUUCUGGGCCUCUCUACCCAUCCCAGCGAUAACCAGCCUGGCGGGCCUUGCUUUGCUAACUUCGUCCGUGAUGGCGAUGAGGAGGGCUUUUGCGCCUCGUGGUGGUGCUGGUGCUGGUGCUGGUGGUGCUGAUGCUGAUGAUGGUGCUGGUGAUGCUCCUUCGUGGUAGGAUCAUCCUCUUCGUCAUCAGAGGGACAGAUGCCUAGCAAUGCGGUGCGCAGGUUUGAUAGGGAGCUUUCUAUGAAGGACUUUUGCUCGAAGGGGAGGGCACUGGGGAAAGGGAGGAUGGCGAGUUCGACAAUUGGGGUUGUGGUGAGAUCUUUGAGGUGGACGGGUGGGGUAAGGGUGGUGUGGAUUGUUAUUGGGGCUGAAGAUGGGGCGAGAAUUGAGGAGAUUUGGCUGAGGGGGACGGAGGAAGUUGCAUCCUUCCAUGCUGUACUUUGUGGGAAGGACGCGGGUUUCCUGUUAGCUAAGGUGUUUUCUAGGGGGGUUUGUAGGAUAUUGGUGAGACAAACAAGAAAGAUAGGAAAGGCUACUUUUCUUUCCAUCGACGAAUUGGGUAUAUAUACAAGGUAAGAGGGUGGGUUGAAAAAGCAAUGGAAUGUGCAUGCAUGCAUAUAUCAUAUAUUCUCUUACCAACAAGCCAAACGAUAUCAUUCUCAUCCUCCACAGUCCGGCCCCAGCUUGAAUACAGAUAGCCGCUGUGCAGCUUCACCGCCUCAAGGGCCUCCGUGAAGACCCGUCCCUCAUAAUUUUCGGGGUCCUCAGGCUUCACACCCUUUUUGAAGGUUAGGUAAAUGAGCUCUGUGACGGCCGCGUUUGAUGCCAUCUGCUCACUUUUUACUCUUCUCUGGUUUUAUUCAAUUCCCUGGCCCCGAAUUCCUCCUGUUAUUCUCUCCCCUUUCAGUGUUCUUUUUUUGUUGAAAGCGAGACGGAUCGCGGAGUAUAUUUAUGCUUAUGGAAAUCCGAUAUUUGGCAUUCGGCAGUUCGGCAA